AUGUCCACUGAUUGGAAACAAGGAUUAUCAAUCCCAGAAAAAGAUACAAGACCACAAACUGAAGAUGUUACAAAGACAAAGGGGAAUUCAUUUGAAGAUUUUUAUCUAAGUAGGAAAUUAUUAAUGGGUAUUUUUGAAGCUGGUUUUGAAAAACCAAGUCCUAUUCAAGAAGAAUCAAUUCCUGUGGCACUUGCAGGUAGAGAUAUAUUAGCAAGAGCUAAGAAUGGUACUGGUAAAACUGCAUCUUUUAUUAUCCCAGUAUUGGAAAAAAUUAAACCAAAUGUUGAUCAAAUUCAAGCUUUAAUCCUUUUACCAACAAGAGAAUUAGCUUUACAAACUUCUCAAGUUGUUAAAACUUUAGGGAAAAGAUUAGAUGUCAAAGUUAUGGUUUCUACUGGUGGUACUUCAUUAAGAGAUGAUAUUGUUAGAUUAGAAGAACCUGUUAAUGUCUUGGUUGGUACUCCAGGUCGUAUUUUAGAUUUAGCUUCAAGAAAUUUAGCUGAUUUAUCAAAAUGUUCAAUGUUUGUUAUGGAUGAAGCUGAUAAAAUGCUUUCACAAGAAUUUAAAAGAAUUAUUGAACAAACUUUAUCAUUUUUACCAUCAAAACAUCAAUCUUUAUUAUUUUCUGCAACUUUCCCUUUAACAAUUCAAGAUUUUAUUGCAAGAAAUUUGAAAAAUCCUUAUGAAAUUAAUCUUAUGGAUGAAUUAACUUUAAGAGGUAUUACAAAUUAUUAUGCUUAUUUGGAAGAAGCUCAAAAAUUACAUUGUUUACAUACAUUAUUUUCCAAAUUACAAAUUAAUCAAUCAAUUAUUUUUUGUAAUUCAUCCAAAAGAGUUGAAUUAUUAGCUAAAAAAAUUACUCAAUUAGGUUAUUCAUGUUAUUAUUCUCAUGCUAAAAUGCCUCAAGAUGCAAGAAAUAAAGUUUUCCAUGAAUUUAGACAAGGUAAAGUUCGUAAUUUAGUUUGUUCUGAUUUAUUAACAAGAGGUAUUGAUAUUCAAGCUGUUAAUGUUGUUAUUAAUUUUGAUUUCCCAAAAAAUGCUGAAACUUAUUUACAUAGAAUUGGUAGAUCUGGUAGAUUUGGUCAUUUAGGUUUAGCUAUUGAUUUUGUAACAUGGAAUGAUCGUCAAAAUUUAUUUAGAGUUGAAAAAGAAUUAGGUAUUGAAAUUCCAAAAAUUCCAAAUAAUAUUGAUGAAAGUUUAUAUGUUGCAACAAAUUCUAAAAAUGUUCCAAAACCUUUCCCAAUUCAAAAUUUACCAAAUGCUUAUACAAAUGGUUUCAACUAUAGAGGUCAACCUGAAUUAAAUAAUGAUCAAUCUUCAAUCCCUACAGCUCCAACUUCAUUACCUCAAUCUAGUAUCCCACAACAACAAACACCACAACAAGCUCAACAACAAGUUAAUCAAACUCCCCCACAAUCACAACAAACUACCACUACAUCAUCAACUUUUUCUCAACCACAACAAGUUAUUAAUGGAUCACCAGCUAUUCCACAACCACAAGUUAUCCCACCACAAGGAUUCCCUCCACAAGGUUAUGGUUAUCCUCCACAAGGUUAUCCACCACAAGGAUUCCCACCUCAAGGUCAAUUCCCACCAAAUGGAUUCACUGCUUAUCCACCACAAGGUGCUUAUCCUCCACAAUUUCAACAACAACAACAACAACCAUCAUCACAACAAUCUCCUCAACUUCAACAACCUUCACAAUCUCAAUAA